UGUCGGUACUGUUACUGUCUGUCUGUCCAUCUCACCGCUGACUCGACCUCCGCUCGGUCGUUACAAAUGAUACGUAGCUCGCACCUACAAAACCUCGAUCGACAAUAACUCGGCUUUAAUCCACCACGUCCAUGGCAGUAACUAUUUUCUCUUUUAGUAACCCCACAACUCUUUAAAAAUUCCGCCUAAAAAGAAAAAGCGUUCUGUCCCCUCUUUUGGGUUUUCCGCAGACGUGUACAACAACUAUCCAGAGGAUCUAGGGGCAGCUCUAUACCGAGAGCCAUUUGACUUCAACGCCGAGCCACCUUGGGAUCCUAGCUGAUAGCGGACGAGUUCAUCCCAGGACUCAUCCAUGUGAUUUGUUGCAUAAGCCUAGGACCCAGGGGCUCGAGAGGAAGCGAGCAAAACCACUUCGGACUAGCCAUAUUCUUUAUGCCUGUCGGAUUAGCAGAAAACGGUUGAGAGGAUGAAAGGAAUUGUUGAUGAACCACAGUAUUCUGUUGGCCUUCUGGAGGGAGGCACGGCCCUGUGUGAUGUGAUUGACAGUCACAUUUAUGAACAAACUCUGUCUGAGAAGAAUGCAUUCUUUGUAGCAGACCUGGGAGUUAUAAUGAGGCAGCAUGUUCGCUGGCGAACCCACAUGGCCCAAAUUAGACCCUUCUAUCCUGUCAGAUGCAACAGCAGUCCAGCUGUCAUUGAAGUUCUCGCUGCCCUUGGCACUGGAUUCAUAUGCACCAACAAGUUUGAACUUGAGUUGGUGCAGAGCCACGGUAUUCCCUCUGAAGACAUCAUCUACAGUGGUGUUUGCAAACAGGUCUCCCAGAUUAAAUACGCUGCUAAGAACGGCAUUGACCUCCUGGUGUGUGAUAAUGAAGCAGAGCUACGCAAGAUUUCUCGCUGCCACCCCAAUGCCAAGCUGCUGCUGCAGGUUUCAACAGAAGCAUCUAACCAGGAUGACGAGAUGAGCAUGGCAUUUGGCUGUACCCUCAAAGACUGCAGGCAUCUGCUGGAGAGUGCUAAGGAGCUGGGUGUGCAGGUGGUGGGAGUCAGGUCUCUAAUUUCCAGCCCUUGUGAGGAUGACCACGUAUAUGUUCAUGCCAUCUCUGAUGCUCGUUGUGUCUUUGAUAUGGGAGAGGAAAUUGGCUUCAAUAUGAAAAUCCUGGACAUUGGAGGCGGCUUCAGCGGCUCUGAGACCCAGCUGGAAUUGAUCAAUAGUGCAGUUAUGUCUAUGGUGGACCUAUACUUCCCUCCUUCUACUGGAGUUUCCAUCAUUGCUGAACCUGGUGGCUACUUUGUGUCCUCUGCUUUCACCCUGGCGACCAACAUCAUCUCCAAGGAGGUGGUGGCACGCGAUCGCCAGGACCAGGAACACGAUGAUCCAUCUCCUGAUGAUGAGCCAGAGUUUCAGUACUUCAUGAAUGAGGGAGUGUAUGGAUCGUUUGCCAGCAAACUUGCUGAAACACUGAUUGCUGCUCCAUCUGUUCACAAGAAUACCGCACUAGAUGCUCCCAUGUUCAGCAGCAGCCUGUGGGGUCCCUCUGGUGAUGACCUGGACCAGGUCGUGGAGCACUGUCUGUUGCCUGAGCUCAACAUUGGAGACUGGCUCAUGUUCUCCCAUGCAGGGGCCUACAGUCUGGGUCAGCCACUCUGCACCUCCACUGACUCACCCACACCGCCUGUAUACUAUGUCAUCUCCUCUAGAGACUGGUUUGAGAUGCAGGACACUGGUGUCACCCAGGAGGCUACACUGAAGAACUUCUCAUUGGUCCCUUAUUUCCUCAAUUCCUGCCAAACAGAGGCUGCACUCUCUGUCCCAGCUUAGCAAUCAUCAGACCAGGACAGGAAGGCUUCUUUCCUCCACUGGUUUCUGCUGCUAGUUUCCCCUGGUCUACAUUCCACUGGGAUGAACUGAACCAACAGUGCAGAUAGUGCUUGAAAUUGCUGGGACCAGCCUGGAUUCAUCUCGCAAACCUCAAUGUACAGUGUAGUAUCUGAUUAGACCUGGAACACCCAAGUAGAUGUUAAGUAAUUAGUAUGCAACAAAAUGGAUGACUCCAAAAAGACAGAUGCAUUCUUCCCUUUGCUAUGAAAUACAGUUUACACUCAUACAGUAGACAUAUAAUGAUUUUAAAUGAUUAUAUUUGAAAAAUGUAUUAUCUAUAGUCUCAAUUGCUGUUGCCAGUCUUGUAAAGUAAGAAAUGUAUCCCUGAGUGAAGCAGUGUAUUUAAACAGAACUACAGUUCUGAUCUUGUAGGAUGCUUUGCUACAAGAUGUGUAUUUAUGAUUUUAAUUGGUUGUAUUGUUUAUUUUUUUGUGAUGAGAACUUAAUUCCAUUAUUACAUUUAAAAUCAUUUGUCCUUCUCGGUGUUUUGAAAUGGAGGCUUGUAUAUGAAGGUGCAUUUACUCAUCUGUGUGAUGCUGUAAAUAAAACCAGUGUGAUCAA